AGAGGGCGAGGAACCUCCCUCUCUCUGUUUCCAGCCCUCGUACCUGCAGCGGUCGCUUGCCAUUUCCCCUUUGUUUCAUUGGUGUCUCAAUUUUUUUUUCUUCUGUAUUAUUUUAUCACUUCUCCUUUAAUCGCCUCACGCGAUGCUUGCGACCGCCAACGUCCUACCCGUAGUCACACUCCUAACAGGCGUGACCUGUGGCAGCUACGGGUCACCAGUUCUCCCGUCGAUGAACAUCCUCUUCGAUGACCAAUUCCCGUUACUGCGAAAGCUUCCUGCGCUCUACCGACAGAGGGACGGACAGCUCUUGGUGCCGAGAGAAGGAAGGUCCCCCUCGGCUCGAGAAGGACCUCAAUCCGACACGCAAACUUUGAGGAAGGCCAUGGACGCCUGCUGGAGGGUCCUCUGGUACUACCGAGGCCACGUGACUCAGAUGAACCUCGAUGCAGUCAUAGGAACUCGCAUUGCUGAAGCGCAGUUCCAGAUGGUCUCAGACGCUCUGCAGGACCAACUCUCGACCAGAAAGUCCGAGGCCAUGCAAGACACCCUGACCUCUCUCCUUGACCUUCGUGACCUCGCCUCCCAGGUCAACACCGAAGCUGAACCGAUUGUAAUGGCCUCAGAACCGGAAUACUACGGCCAGCUGGGUAAGAUGUUGGCCAAAGGGUUCUGGGAAGUACCUCUGGACACGCGCUCCGUCAACACCUCCGCGCAGCGAGAUAUUUUAGACCCAGUUUCACGCCGUGUUCUGGACGAGACGGAGCAGCUCUUGGAGUUUCAGUCGGACAAGUGCCUGGCUGAGGAGUUCGGCACCUCCUGCCGGCUCCGAGGCGAGGGGAGUGCCGAGGAAGAGUGCGGGCGAUGUAGUAUCAGUGAGGAGUGUUGGAGAAGGAUGACUAGACCUGGCUACUCGGGCUACUCCCUUACCCACCAGGCCUUCUACAUCCUCAUUGGCCUGCAGACCGGUUGCGGAGAGCAGGUACAUCUUCUGACGAGGCGGACGACAGGCGGAGGCAGCGUGCGAGGACUCCUGGACCGUAUCUGCGCCGACGUGCUUACGGAGGCGCAGGUUAUAUCGGAGGCCAGCUUCCCUCAGAACCGACGCGACCUGUUCAUGGAGCAAGGUGCUCUGUGCGGGAUCGCCGGCUACAGGGACUUCUUCAGGAGGAGUUGGCUAGAGGAGGUGUUGUCGUGGCAGCGAGAGCCAGGCUGUUUCGGGGAUUCUGACGUGUACACACAGCGUCACUCUUUGCCUACGCCUUCCCCGCUCCACGCCAGGGUGCGUCGCGAAGAGAAGGCAAUGUCCAGCCGCUGCCUCGCUCACCAGUCCGCCGUCGCCCUCGGUUACCUCAGCCUCUGCGUCCGCUACCUCGUUUCUGCAAACUUUCUGUAGGACGCGAGAGGACACCGAGCCGACCAGCCUUCGAAGUCCCACCGUACGUCGUAUGAGAAGAUACGAAGUCUUAUUUGAAGUUUUAUUGUAGACGGUACAACGUGCACUGUUUUAUGUCUCCCAGUUCCCCCGUCUUGCGCCAAAAGAGCAUAAUUUUGUUUGCAAUUACACGUACAUGGAUUCAUAUGAACGCAUAUAGAGGCUCAUACACAACCAGACAUUUGCACGCACGGGCACAUAUAUAUACAUCAUG